AUGAAUAUACUCCUCAAAUUUCAUCUUUCCUACAUAUUUUUCUUUGUGCAUUUCAUUGUAAUUAAUAUAAAAUGUAAGGAAAUAAAUAAUAAUUUGGUCCAUGAUGAAAAAGAUAGCAUAAAUAACCUGGAAGAGCAUAGCCCCUUCCAUAUUUUAAAAAAAAAAAACAGUAACAAUAUAGAGAAUCAUUCUAGUAAAAUAAAUAAUAUAUUUAAAAAUCAUUAUAGUUAUAGUUACAGUUUAUUAGAUAAUUCUUUAUAUGAUAAUAAAUAUGAAUCAGAUUUUUUUCCUCAAAAAAAAAAUAAUAAAAUUAAUGAAGAAAAGUAUAAGGGAAAGCAUGGCACAAAUUUUGCUAUUAUAAAUGAACAUAUGAAUGAGAUACAUAAUGAUAUUGUGGGACAAGAUGAAAUACUAUCUAACGAAUUGGAUACAAAGAAAGAUAUAAUAAAAGAGGAACAUGUCAAAAAUAAAAAAAUUAAGAAUCAUUCAUUUUAUAUGAAUAAAGGAAAUGAAAAAAAAAAUUUUGUACAUAAUACUUUUCCAGAAAAUAAAGAAAAUAAUAAAAAUAAAAGGAAUUCGAAAUUUAUUGAAGAAAACGACCUGAACAGUUCAGGUGAGAAUUACUUUGAGAAUGAUAAAUUUAAUGAAAUAGAGUAUCCAAUAAAAAAUAAAGAUAUUGAUGAAUAUGAGGAAGGAAUUCAUCGAAACCAUAAGGAAGAGGAUAAUAAAAAUAUAACAUAUCAUAGUAAUGGGGAGGAUAGUAUUAAGAGUUUAAAUUUUAUAAAAUAUAUGAAUAUGGAUAAAGAAAAAAAAGAAAAGAGAAAAAGUUAUAAAAGAAAAAAAAAAGAAAAUGAUAACAAUUACAAUUAUAAUAUAAAUGAUUCAGAUCUCAUUAAUGUUUUAAAAAAAGGAGAUUAUAGUCCAGAUUGUGACACAUGUAAUAAAAAUAUAAAUGACAAUAUGAAUAAAGGAAGGGGCACACGAAGAAGAAUGUAUGACAGGAACUAUUAUAAGGAUUUUAAUUUAAGGGAUGCAUUACCCAUAAGUAAAACACACUAUAGUAUGUUAUUAAAAAGUGAUGAUAAUACUAUUAUUAAAGAAAAAAAUGAAAAUGAUGUAGAUAAUGUUAUAACAAAAGAGAAAAGAAAAGAAAACUUAAAAGAGGUUUAUAAUGAUAAAAAGAAUAACUAUUUGUCUCUUAAGUAUUUAGGUUUAGGAUAUGAUAUAGUUAUGGGUAAUCCUGAAGGAGAUCCUACAUUGAACGUGGACCCUGGUUUUAGGGGACCUGUAUUACAAAUAAAUUUAAAAGAAGUAAGUUUAAAUAGUUAUGAUAAUCAUAAAAAUGAUGAUAAUCAUAUGAGUGAUGAUAAUCAUAUGAGUGAUGAUAAUCAUAAAAAUAAUGAUAAUCAUAUGAAUGAUGAAGACCAUAAUGUUGAUAAUUAUGCUGAUGGUGAUAAACGUUCAAAGGAAAGACAAAGUAAGGUUCAAACAAAUAAUGAGUCGAUGAGGCCAUGGGUUAUACCUGAACACUCCUGUAGUCAAUCAAAAAAUGUUGAAGAAAUUAGAAAUUUGGAACAAUACAAAUUAGAAUUAUUAUCAGACGUAAAGGUUAGUACUCCCUCUAUUUUCCCAUAUUCCUUUUCUGCAUCUGCUGAAUUUAAGAAUGCUUUAAAAAAAUUAAAAGUACAAAACAAUGUAAUAUUUUUGAUGAAAAUAUAUUGCUUAAGAUAUUACACAGGUAUACCAAUAACAACAAGAAGUUAUAAGUUUAGUGAGAAUUUCAAAAAUGCUUUAAGUAAAUUACCAAAAUAUUUUGAUGGGUUAAGAGAAGAUAGUAAAUGUAGUUAUGAAUAUUAUAUUAAUAAAUUGAAUAGUCCUGAAUGUGAAGAAAAUGUAAACAAGUGGAUGUUAUUUUUUAAAUUACAUGGUACACAUGUUGCAUAUGAAAUAUAUUUAGGUGGUAAGAUAAUCAUCAAAAUUAAUAUUAAUAAAGAAGAAUAUAAUAAAAUGAAAGAAAAUAAUAUAAAUGUAAAAACGUUUUUUAAUAUAUAUUUUCAUAAGAUGGGAUUAUCAAGCGCUUUUCAAAAAGAAGCACAAAAAAUAUUAAAUAAAUUUAGAAUAUCAAAACAUAUAGCUAUAUUAGGUGGGAAUCCUGGAUUAAAUGUAAAUAAUACAACUUUUUUUCAAAAAUGGGUUCAUUCAAUUAAUACUAAUUCUAUGCCUAUAAGAACAAAAUUAUUACCAUUCAGUUUUUUUAUGGAUGAUAAUAAUAUGAUACAAGCAUAUAAAGAUGCUCUAAUAUUUUAUGGAUUAACAUAUGGAUUACAACUAUUUGAUCAAGAAAAAUAUAAUCAUAAUAUUAUAUCGGUUGGAGAAUAUCUAGAAAAAUGUACACAAAAAUUAUAUGCUGGUCCACCACCUGGGUUAUUAACAUGUCCUAUAGGAACAACCAUAUUAAUGGGAUUUUCCAUAAAUUUAGAUUUUUAUAAAAAUAAAUAUUUAAGUAGUACAAACGGUAUUACUCUUUGUGAACCCAUGAAAGAAUCAUGUAGUGGUAAUGGAUUUGAAAAAAAUUAUUCUGAUAUUCGUAUAUUUGCUUUAUGCACAAAUAAACCUUUCGAUUUUAUUACUCAAGUAGUACAACAAGGAGAAGCACCUAAAAUAUCAGCUAGCUGUCCAGGUGAAUUAGUAAUACUUUUUGGAUUCGCAUUAAUGAAAGGAAUAGGAUCAUCAUCAGCAAAUAAAAUAGAUAUAUAUCCAUGUCGUACAGGACAAAAUUCUUGUGAAGCUGUUUUACAAAAUAAUAAAUUUAAACAAAGUAUGAUAUAUCUUGCAUGUGUUGAUAAAACAACCAAUGGUUUAGAAUAUUUACAAACAUAUAGUAAAACCAAAAAUCUAGGUGAUGUUAUAUCUGAUAAAUAUAAAUCGGAUGGUUAUCUUAACUUUUCAUGUCCUCAAAAUAAUACUCUAGUAUUCGGAUUCUCUUUAGAAUUUCAUACAAAUUUUCAAGCAACCAGAAAUAAUUUCUUAAAUUGUUCCAAAUAUACAAACAUCUGUGAAAUAUCUGGUAUAGGAAUAAAUACUCAUUUAUCUUUCUUCAGAUCUGACAAACACUCCUUAGCAAUCAUAGCCUUAUGUCGAUCCCAUGGGACAAACAAUUUGUUCGAAUGA